UUACCGGGCUUUUAGGUCCUUCCCCAAGAUGGCGAAGCUAUUGAGUUGCGUGCUGGGGCCUCGGUUGUACCGAGUCUACCGGGAACGAAGCCCCGCCAGAACUCGCCGACUCAGGGCUGAACCAGACGAUGGGUCCCAAUCCUCCUUGGACCCUUCUUGGGAAUCAUAUUACCAGCCACGGACCCUUGAAAAACAUGCAGACAGCAUCCUUGCGCUGGCUUCUGUGCUGUGGUCCAUUUCCUAUUACUCCUCCCCGCUCGCUGUGUUUUACCUGUACAGAAAAGGGUAUUUAACCAUGCCGAAAGUUGUUGCUAUUUCUCACUAUGCCGGGACCAUGCUACUACUCUUGGCUGGGAUUGCCUGUCUAAGAGGCAUCGGGCGCUGGACAAAUCCUCAGUACAUCCAGUUCAUUACCAUCCUUGAAGAUGCCCACCGGUAUGGCACACCUGAACACAAGGUAAGGGUAGCAGGGUACUUAUUAUUCAUGCUGCGUAUGAAAUUAAAAUCCCUUGCAAUCAGAGCAGUGCCCCCACCUUUGCAUCUCCCUGCCAUUCAAGCCAGAGGGCUCUACUUACACCAGCUCCUUGUCAUUGCAGCCUCUAUAUAUAGCCGCUAUGAAGUAGAAGACGACUGGUGUUUGUCUGUACUGAAGUCGUACCAAGCCGAAGAUGGUGAUGAGUUUCCCUGGUCUGUUGGUGAAGACAUGACCCUAGAUGGGAGACGACAACUUGCACUAUUCCUGGCACGGAAGCACCUGCAAAAUUUUGAAGCGACACACUGCACUCCACUUCCACCCCAAGAAUUUCAUCUUCCAUGGAGCCUAUAGCAUCCUCCACCACCCUCACCGUCACUACCUCCCAUUCGUCUCCUGCACUCACGGCUUCUUGUUUCCAACCUCCUUCCUGCCUCCACCUUUCUUGCCUGUGCGCGUAUGCGUGAAUGGCUAUCACUGUCCUCCCCCCUCACCGCACUGUAAAUCUGCUUCUCCCCCAUGUAAUAUGAAUCCUCUGACCACCAGCCCUCACAUCUUGUUGUAAGGGUUCACAAUAAAGAUGGUAUUUUUUAUA